GAGAAGGCGGACGGAGCCAUUCAUUCUUCUGCGGUCCCGGAGAAAACGUGGAGGAAAGUGAUCAGACUCUAAAGAAAGAAAAAAAAAUAUCACAGGAUCGACACUGUCCAUUUAAUCUAAAGCGCUCAGAAAAAAGACACAACAAGAAUCUUCCCACUCUCAGGAUUUCAGCGCGUCACAUUCCGCACAGCCAGCAGUUACGCGUUGUGUAGCUUUGAGAAAGGAGCCUUACAUCAUCUGGUUGAACUGAAGAACUUUGUAUGCAUCCAGCUCCAGAUUCCACACACGAGGUGUGUCUGAUGUGACGCCAGCGGGCUGGCUCAGGGAAAACAACUUCAGUACAAUGUAGACACCAAAAACCAGGAAGCAGCAGAAGAGUCUGAAGAACGAGCUGUCUGAAGGAGGGUGAGCUCAAGGAGGAGUAACAAAAGCUGCAACGAAAGAACACCAGCAGAAGAUAAGAAGUGAAAGAAGUUCAGAGGAAAAGAGGGAAGCAGCAGACUGUGAAUCAUUGACGCGAACCUUCUGUGUAGCCGUGUCACUUUGUCCUUCCUGUGAAGGCUUUACUCUCUUCCACGCCUCCACUGGAGAAGGAUCACAACCUCAGCUCUUGGCAUUUUUAAAGUUUUUUUUUUACUCACAAUCCACCUUUUUCAGCUCGCAGCAGUGUUGGAAUCAGCAGACGCUUUAGCCACCGUCAGCAUGUGCCAUGUCAUUGUCACCUGCCGCUCCAUGCUUUGGACUCUGUUGAGUAUUGUGGCCGCGUUCGGAGAACUCAUCGCCUUCAUGAGCACUGACUGGCUGGUGGGAUACCCCCGCACCCCUGAUGCUGUCAUCGGCCCCCAUGGGGCCACCGCAGCCGGUGAGGCCUACAGACCCACUUUAGGCAUCUAUGGCCGCUGUAUAAAGCUGCCCCACAUGCAGCGGGGAAUACUUUGUGGACCGUACGCCGUGCACUUUGGGGAAAUUGCCAGCGGGUUCUGGCAGGCGACCUCCAUCUUCCUGGCGGCGGGCAUUCUGCUACUGUGCGCUGUGGCGUUCAUCUCAGUCUUCACCAUGUGCUUCCAAAGCAUCAUGAAAAAGAGCAUCUUCAAUGUGUGCGGACUGCUGCAGGGAAUCGCAGGUCUGUUCCUGAUCCUGGGUCUGAUGCUCUACCCCGCUGGCUGGGGUUCAGACAAAGUCCAGCUCUACUGCGGUCCAGACGCGGCUCCAUACCGGGCCGGCCUCUGCUCCAUGGGCUGGGCCUUCUACACAGCCAUGGGUGGCACCGUUCUCACCUUCAUCUGCGCUGUCUUCUCCGCUCAGGCUGAGAUCGCCACCUCCAGCGACAAGGUUCAGGAGGAGAUAGAGGAAGGCAAGAGCCUGAUCUGCCUCCUUUGAGGCGCCGCUACUUGUGUGUGGGGGGAGAACGAGAAGAGUGAGGCAGAGGCGGGCCAACAAAGAUCAACCCCUGCCCUUCUGUUGUUCCUCAUGAAGCUGCCUUGUGAAAUGGAGGCCUCUGCAUUGUUUACCACUAAAACUGACUCGUUUUGUCUCUGUCUUGUGUGUAUGUGGGAGAAAUUUACAAGUGCCAAGUUUUUUCUCAGUGUGUCGCCUUUGUCUCUUUGACACUAGAGGUGCUGUCUGUUAUUAUAUUCAUAUUAUAACAUGUGGGUGCCAAGACUGUUGCCACAUGUUCUGUAAAUAAAUGUGAUUAUAUGUAUUUUGUACAUAGUUAUGAUUGCAAAAUGAUGGUCAGCUUCACCCAGGCUGGCCUCAUGAUGUCACUCUUGCCACUCUAACUGGUGUUUUUGCCACCAGACCACAACCAGUAAACCUGGAUCUUUUAACUAUUUACCACAUGUGAGUAUUAACUCAGCAAGGGAACCACUAGUUAGUCAGAAUAAGCGGCCUUUAGCUCAGAGUGGAUGUCCUUUAGAGCUUACAGAAUGUAAUAUUUGAAUGAUUAAUGUGUUUUUAGACCUUUGAAAUGUAUUGGUGGAAAGGAUUCUUCACCUGGACUGCACAAAGACAAGCAAAGGAAGCUCUAUGGUGAAUUUGAUCAAACCCUAACAUGAAGCAAGCUCAGUCGUGUGAAGUGUCUGGUCCUCUUCCAGCAGGCAUCCUGUAAUCUGUGCACAAGGACAUGGACUGAACAAUGGGGACACAGGAAUAAAUGAAGUAUUGUUGUUAGUACCGUCUGGUUUCAGGGAGUGUGUUAAGUCAUAGAUAGUGUCCUAUCUAUUCUGAUUUGUUUCUGCCAAACAAAUAAAGAGAAGGGAAAACUA